AUGACUGUCAUGAAAUCUCAUAAAAUCUACACACUGGCUCAAUUUCGAUCAGGAAAGAUUGUCUACAAGAGUAAACUAAGAGAAGACAUUCCGCGAUGUGGUAACCAUCCAGAUCAGAAUCUCAAUGUCUACUGUAAUACAUGUGAACAAGUCAUAUGUACAACUUGCUCUGUACUUGAUCAUGCCAAACAUUCUCUCAUUGGCCUACCUGUGGCUUUUGAGAAAUGUAAGAAACAAAUAGAAGAACUUGUUGCAAAAGUUGGUCAAAGCAAAACAGAACUGAACACCACCAUAGAGAAGACUUCCAUAUCUCGUAAGAAACUCGACAUCAUGUUUUCAAACACCAAGAAGAAAAUCUCAGAUAAGGCUGACCAAGAGGUUGCCAAGACCCGUCAGGAGGAGCAGAAACUGUUAACAGAGACUGACAGGAUUUACCAAGAGAGAGUCACAAUGUUUGAUGCAGCUCAAGCUAAGAACAGGAAAGAGGUGACACAGACAGAGAACAAGCUGGAGGAGAAGGAGAGAGAUCACUUGGGAGACUCAUUCUGGAAGAAGAGCCACAGACUGCAGAAAGGCAAUCACCAAGACCUGCAAGAUCAUGUGUGA